AUGUUUGUUAAGCCAAGGUACAUAGAAAAAGAAGAAGAAGAGGCCUUCAGUGCCGAAGAAAUUGAGGACAUCUGUGGGGCAAUGAGGCAAAUGUUAUACGAGGCUCACACGGUCCAGCCGGGUGAAGGCUCAACCACUGCUCAGGUGCAAUAUAUGGGUCUAAAUGCCAAACUUCAAAAUUGGAAGGCACCUCCGUUCCCAGUCAGGCGGGAAUUCGGUAGUUCAGUAUUGCCAUCUUUUCUACAUUCUGAGUUAUUUCAGGUUCUGAUGGAUGAAAAAGACACAGAAAAGACGGCUUUCACCAUACCUUGGGGUACUUACUGUUACAGGGUCAUGCCGUUUGGUUUGAAGAACGUCGAGUGUUCUGAUUUUGGAAUAUCUAUGUGUUGGUGCUUUGGUACUUCUGGUUCACUUUCUGCUGCUGUUAUGGAUACGAAUGGCAAGACAACACAGGUGACACAGUAUCUAGCUGAGGCAGGGUACACAACAAAGGGGAAAAUUGGCUGUACUCAGCCUCGUCGAGUGGCUGCAACGUCAGUGGCUAAGAGAGUUGCUGAGGAGUUUGGUUGCCGAUUAGGUGAAGAGGUCGGUUAUGCUAUUCGGUUUGAAGAUUGUACUGGGCCAGAUACUGUGAUCAAAUAUAUGACUGAUGGCAUGCUUCUGAGGGAGAUUUUGAUCGAUGAAAAUUUGUCCCAGUAUUCAGUCAUAAUGCUUGAUGAAGCACACGAAAGAACAAUUCACACUGAUGUUCUUUUCGGUUUGCUUAAGCAGCUCGUGAAGAGGAGACCUGACCUUCGUCUAAUUGUCACAUCUGCAACUUUGGAUGCAGAGAAGUUUUCUGGUUAUUUCUUCGACUGCAACAUCUUUACAAUCCCAGGAAGAACUUUCCCAGUAGAGAUACUCUACACAAAGCAGCCAGAAAGUGAUUACCUUGAUGCAGCUUUAAUUACUGUUAUGCAGAUCCACUUGACAGAACCUGAAGGUGAUAUCCUCCUCUUCUUGACUGGUCAAGAGGAGAUUGAUUAUGCUUGCCAGUGCCUUUUCGAGAGGAUGAAAGGACUAGGUAAAAAUGUUCCUGAACUGAUCAUACUACCUGUCUAUAGUGCCUUGCCCAGUGAAAUGCAGUCCAGAAUUUUUGACCCUGCCCCUCCUGGGAAGAGAAAAGUUGUUGUUGCUACUAAUAUUGCUGAAGCUUCUUUGACAAUUGAUGGUAUAUAUUAUGUUAUUGAUCCUGGAUUUGCAAAGCAAAAUGUCUACAAUCCAAAACAAGGACUUGAUUCACUGGUUAUUACCCCAAUUUCACAAGCAUCAGCAAAGCAACGAGCAGGGCUUGCUGGACGAACCGGACCUGGGAAGUGUUACCGUCUGUUUACUGAGAGUGCAUUCCACAGUGAAAUGUCCCCUACUGCCAUUCCCGAAAUCCAAAGGAUAAAUCUUGGGAACACGGUUCUUAUGAUGAAAGCAAUGGGUAUUAAUGAUCUUCUGUCGUUUGAUUUCAUGGACCCACCUUCCCCUCAGGCUCUCGUAUCUGCCAUGGAGCAACUUUACACUCUUGGAGCACUCGAUGAGGAGGGGCUCCUGACGAAGCUGGGAAGAAAAAUGGCGGAAUUUCCAUUAGAUCCUCCUUUGCCCAAGAUGCUUCUUGCUAGUGUGGACCUUGGCUGUAGUGAUGAGAUCUUGACCAUAAUUGCUAUGAUUCAAACCGGAAACAUCUUUUACCGACCAAGGGAAAAACAAGCACAGGCCGAUCAGAAAAGGGCCAAAUUUUUUCAGCCUGAGGGUGAUCAUCUUACCUUGCUUGCUGUUUAUGAGGCUUGGAAAGCCAAAAACUUUUCAGGUCCAUGGUGUUUUGAAAAUUUUGUCCAGUCUCGAUCUCUUAGGAGGGCGCAGGAUGUUAGAAAACAGCUGCUCUCCAUCAUGGACAGGUAUAAAUUGGAUGUUGUGAGUGCUGGAAAGAAUUUCACAAAGAUCCGGAAGGCUAUUGCUGCAGGUUUCUUUUUUCAUGCUGCUAGAAAGGAUCCUCAAGAGGGUUACAGAACUCUAGUUGAGAACCAGCCAGUUUACAUUCAUCCUAGCAGUGCUCUUUUCCAGAGACAGCCAGACUGGGUUAUUUAUCAUGAGCUUGUUAUGACAACAAAGGAGUACAUGCGUGAAGUGACUGUGGUUGAUCCUAAAUGGCUUGUCGAGUUGGCACCAAGAUUCUUCAAAGUGGCUGAUUCAACGAAAUUAAGCAAGCGCAAGAGACAGGAACGUAUUGAGCCUCUUUAUGAUAGAUGUCAUGAGCCAAACUCAUGGCGAUUGAGUAAGAGGAGAGCUUCAAUCAUCAAUGAAAUGCCCGCUAUCAAGCUAUUUUUGAAGCGCUUUUUGGUAAUGCAUGUAUUGGGCCUUUUCUCUACUCAUCCAUUCUCUUUGUUUUCUCUCUCUGCCUCUCUCAUUCCCUGGGAGGACAGUGUAAUCGCAUCAGUGAAAUCACCAAAGGAGAUCAGAAAGCACAUAUUGUCAAAUUCAUAUCUGUUUGUGCUUCACAGAGGUGGGAAAAAUCCUGAUAGGGAGCACUUCCCUCUAUGA